GAUCUGCAGGUUUGCAAUCACUGCUCUCCUGUUGAAGGGCUAUUGUUGAGGUUUUGGUUUGUUUUGUUGGGUCAGCUAGAGGUGUUUCCAGUUUGCAUUUGAUCUGAUCUUUGGCUGAAGCCAUGGGACUUAUUCUACGUGUGGUGCUGCUAUGGCUGCUGCUUAUUGGAGAGCUUCAGGCAAGAAAAAAAUCUUACAAUUAUGGUUCUGCUCCUGGAAUUGGGCAUCCCAUCCCGUCCAAGCCCUACGUUCCAUACCCGCCCAAGCCCCAGCAUCCCUACGUUCCAUACCCGCCCAAGCCCCAGCAGCCCUACGUUCCAUACCUGCCCAAGCCCCAGCAUCCCUACGUUCCAUACCCGCCCAAGCCCCAGCAGCCCUACGUUCCAUACCCGCCCAAGCCCCAGCAGCCCUACGUUCCAUACCCGCCCAAGCCCCAGCAGCCCUACGUUCCAUACCCGCCCAAGCCCCAGCAUCCCUACGUUCCAUACCCGCCCAAGCCCCAGCAGCCCUACGUUCCAUACCUGCCCAAGCCCCAGCAUCCCUACGUUCCAUACCCGCCCAAGCCCCAGCAGCCCUACGUUCCAUACCCGCCCAAGCCCCAGCAGCCCUACGUUCCAUACCCGCCCAAGCCCCAGCAGCCCUACGUUCCAUACCCGCCCAAGCCCCAGCAUCCCUACGUUCCAUACCCGCCCAAGCCCCAGCAUCCCUACGUUCCAUACCCGCCCAAGCCCCAGCAUCCCUACGUUCCAUACCUGCCGCAGCCCCAUGUUCCCAUGCUUCCGGUUAAUUCCUUUAAACCAAGGUCUGGCUACCAGCCCAAACCUCAACCUCAGCAGCCGCAGGCUCCCCAGCAGCCCCGCUACCAGCCCAAACCUCAACCUCUGCAGCCGCAGGCUCCCCAGCAGCCCCGCUACCAGCCCAAACCUCAACCUCAGCAGCCGCAGGCUCCCCAGCAGCCCCGCUACCAGCCAAAACCUCAACCUCAGCAGCCGCAGGCUCCCCAGCAGCCCCGCUACCAGCCAAAACCUCAACCUCAGCAGCCACAGGCUCCCCAGCAGCCCCGCUACCAGCCCAAACCUCAACCUCAGCAGCCGCAGGCUCCCCAGCAGCCCCGCUACCAGCCCAAACCUCAACCUCUGCAGCCGCAGGCUCCCCAGCAGCCCCGCUACCAGCCCAAACCUCAACCUCUGCAGCCGCAGGCUCCCCAGCAGCCCCGCUACCAGCCCAAACCUCAACCUCAGCAGCCGCAGGCUCCCCAGCAGCCCCGCUACCAGCCCAAACCUCAACCUCAGCAGCCGAAGGCUCCCCAGCAGCCCAGCUACCAGCCCAAACCUCAACCUCAGCAGCCGCAGGCUCCCCAGCAGCCCCGCUACCAGCCCAAACCUCAACCUCAGCAGCCGCAGGCUCCCCAGCAGCCCCGCUACCAGCCCAAACCUCAACCUCAGCAGCCGCAGGCUCCCCAGCAAUCCCGCUACCAGCCCAAACCUCAACCUCAGCAGCCGCAGGCUCCCCAGCAGCCCCGCUACCAGCCCAAACCUCAACCUCAGCAGCCGCAGGCUCCCCAGCAGCCCCGCUACCAGCCCAAACCUCAACCUCAGCAGCCGCAGGCUCCCCAGCAGCCCCGCUACCAGCCCAAACCUCAACCUCAGCAGCCGCAGGCUCCCCAGCAGCCCCGCUACCAGCCCAAACCUCAACCUCAGCAGCCGCAGGCUCCCCAGCAGCCCCGCUACCAGCCCAAACCUCAACCUCAGCAGCCACAACCUCAUUACCAGCCCAGUGGUAAUUUUGGCUUUCGUCUUCCUGCCGAAGCUGGUUCCAGCACAGGGGGUUCAUCGGGACUGAGUGGGACCCAUUCCAAGUAUGGAAGUAAAGGAGGCUUUGGCUCCAACUGAAGGGAUGUUUCCUUGGAGCUUUCAGCUGAUCGGCCUCAUUGACUUGAUGCUUGUAACUGAAAUAAAAAAUGCAUAUUUUUCUAA